UAUGCCAUAAAUUUAAUCUUUCUUGCCGUCACUGCCUGUGGCUUCUAAUAUAUGGCAUAAAGGUUAAAACUAUAGCAUACGCUCAUUUCCCAUCAAAGGAAAAAAAUCCGUGGGUUUAUAGGGAUGAAGUUUGUCCAUACGCGCCAGCCACGUCUGGAUCUGUAAGAAGAAGCUAUACUGCCAUGCAGAACUUUGCCAGGUUGCUGUUGGGAGUUCUGUUGGUUGCUACUUUAAGCUCGUGCAGACCAACGUUAUCCGAAGAUGAAGCCAACUGGAAGGAACCUGAGGUUGAAGAACAUCUACUUCUAGACCCCGGAAAUGCUCUGCGACUGUUUUGUGACACCAACCAAAGCAACAGCAUCAACUGGUACCGCGAACAGGAUCGUUUAUUGCCAGGAGGGAAGAUUCGCAUGGUGGGGACUGUGCUAGAAGUCUCAGAUGUGACAUAUGAAGACUCAGGACUCUACAUAUGCGUGGUCAGAGGAACAGGCAAAAUCCUUAGAAGGUUCUCCAUAUCCGUUGUUGACUCGUUGGCAUCUGGAGAUGAAGAAGAUGAUGAGGAUGGCCGUAGGGAGGACACAACCGCUGAUAUUAAUGAGGAGCCAGUUUAUUUUUUCCAAGCACCAUACUGGACACAGCCUCACCGCAUGGACAAGAAACUUCAUGCUGUGCCAGCUGGUAACACAGUCAAGUUCCGCUGUCCAGCUGGUGGGAGUCCCCUUCCCACUAUUCGAUGGCUUAAAAAUGGCAGGGAAUUUCGAGGAGAACACAGAAUUGGUGGGAUCCAGCUUCGACACCAACACUGGAGUCUGGUAAUGGAGAGUGUGGUUCCAUCAGACCGUGGCAACUACACCUGUGUGGUAGAGAACAGAGUUGGCAGCCUCACAUAUACCUACUUUCUGGAUGUGCUUGAGAGGUCUUCUCACCGUCCUAUCCUACAGGCUGGCCUUCCAGCAAACACAACAGCACGCGUGGGUAGCGAUGUUGAAUUCUACUGCAAAGUAUACAGCGAUGCUCAGCCACAUAUCCAAUGGCUUAAACACAUCGAAGUGAAUGGAAGCCGAUUUGGUCCUGAUGAUUUUCCAUAUGUACAGGUGCUGAAGACUGCAGAUAUCAACACUUCGGAGGUAGAGGUGCUUCACCUACGGAAUAUCACUAUGGAGGAUGCAGGGGAAUACACAUGUCUGGCGGGCAAUUCUAUUGGUCUUUCUCAUCAGUCUGCUUGGCUGACUGUGCUUUCAAACGAAGAUUUCCUUGAGCAAGCUGAGCCAGCAGAGUCAAGAUAUAUGGACAUAAUAAUAUACACUUCUGGAUUCCUGGCUGUAGCCAUGGCCAUCGUCAUAGUGGUUCUGUGCCGCAUGCAGACACCGCACAGCAAGCAGACUCUGCAACCACCAGCUGUUCAUAAACUGGCCAAGUUCCCCCUCAUACGGCAGUUCUCUUUGGAGUCCAGCUCAUCUGGGAAGUCCAGUGCUCCACUGAUUCGCAUAACUCGUCUCUCCUCAAGCUGUGCCCCCAUGCUGCCUGGUGUCAUGGAGGUUGAGUUACCACUGGACGCUAAAUGGGAGUUCCCUAGAGACAGGCUUGUUCUGGGAAAGCCGCUUGGAGAGGGCUGCUUUGGCCAAGUGGUAAGAGCAGAGGGAUAUGGAAUUGAGAAAGACCGGCCUGAGAAACCAGUUACCGUUGCAGUUAAGAUGCUCAAAGAUAAUGGCACUGACAAGGACUUAUCAGAUCUGAUCUCUGAAAUGGAGUUGAUGAAGGUCAUUGGAAAACACAAAAAUAUAAUAAACUUGCUCGGCGUCAGCACUCAAGAGGGGCCAUUAUUUGUUAUAGUUGAAUAUGCUUCUAAGGGGAAUCUGCGUGAGUUUCUACGUGCCAGGCGCCCUCCCACACCGGAAGAUGCCUUUGAUAUCACCAAGGUUCCAGAUGAACUUUUGUCCUUUAAGGACCUAGUGUCUUGUGCUUAUCAGGUUGCCCGUGGCAUGGAGUACCUUGAAUCUAAGAGGUGCAUACACCGGGAUCUGGCAGCCAGAAAUGUUCUUGUGGCAGAAGAUAAUGUCAUGAAGAUUGCAGAUUUUGGCUUGGCACGAGGGGUUCACGAUAUUGACUAUUACAAGAAAACUAGUAAUGGUCGACUGCCUGUUAAAUGGAUGGCUCCAGAAGCUUUAUUUGACAGAGUUUACACCCACCAAAGUGACAUUUGGUCAUUUGGAGUGUUGACAUGGGAGAUCUUUACUCUUGGAGGGUCUCCAUAUCCUGGAAUUCCAGUAGAAGAACUAUUUAAACUCUUACGGGAAGGACAUCGAAUGGACAAACCAUCCAACUGUACUCAUGAAUUGUACAUGUUGAUGAGGGAGUGCUGGCAUGCAGUUCCAUCUCAGAGACCAACAUUUAAACAGCUGGUUGAACAACUGGAUAGGAUCCUCACAGCUGUUUCUGAAGAGUAUCUGGACUUAUCUAUGCCAUUUGAACAGUAUUCUCCCUCCUGUGAAGAUUCUUCAAGCACAUGCUCUUCAUCCGAUGACUCUGUUUUUGCCCACGAUCCAGUGCCAUCCUCUCCCUGUGUCUUUAAUUACCACAAUGUUCACACUCACCUUGGGACUUGAAAACAAAGGAGACGGUUUGCCUGUAUUGGGAGAUCUGGACAAUGUAAAACAGAGUGUUAUUUCCUUUCCUAAUAGGAAACGUAUUUAUAUAAAAAAAAAGCCAUAUGCGGUAUUAUGAACUAUGGGGAAUCACUGUGCUGUUUUUCUGCUGUUCUGGCAGAAUAGAAAAAUCCUAAGCCAGUUUCAAAUCGCUGGUACAGCGGAUGCAUAGCACUGAAAGCCAAAGCCACCCCGGUCCGUGACGAGAUGUCGCCUUGCUCCAGAUUCCAAGGUCUAGAGAUCGCAGCCCCAAGAGAUGGACAAAAGUAGCACUGUGAUCCCACUUGCCCUCCAAGGGCACAUGAACUUCUUAGUAACGGAGAUAAAUUCACAGUUUAGGGUACAACAACAUUUGUACCCUGUUCUCAAAGUGCCUAGAAAUCUGUAGAUAUUUUCAGAAAAUAAAUUUUAUUUAUGUACUUUUUAUAUCAAGCACACAAUAGGUCAGUUACCAGGUUAGGCUGAAGAGAAUAAAUAUAUAUAUAUAUUUUUUUUUUUCAAAUGCAUCGAAUUUGGCUUAUUUUACCAGACACAUAAUUUAUCUCCUUUUUAUUUUUAUUUGUGUAUAUAUAAAGGUACUUUGAACCUGGACAAACUUUUUAAAAAUGAAUUGGCCAUAAAUGCUUUUAUACAUUAUAGAUAUAUUUAAUACAGAGAAAUGUUGUUCUUUUGCAAAUUACCAAAAGUUUUCAUAUUUCAUUUGAUUUAUUUUAUAUAUUGUAAAAAAAAGUUACUUUUAAUAUAAAGAUUUUAAAUUAUAUCAAACAUUG